CUUCUCACGUUGUCGCUCACUCUCUCCCUAGUCCCAACGAGCAGGGGUGCACGGUAUGGUAGCUGGGCUGUUUAUAUUUAAACUUUUGUAUGUGUAAUCUCCUGCAUUCUUCAAUCUGCCGGAUCUGCAUCCUCUUCUUUCUUAGUCAUCUUCUUUCUCUCUUGUUCAGUCUCUCUUAAAUUUCCAAUCUUGAAGAUUUCUGCAAGAGAGGCAGACAGGAUUUCUGCAAGAGAGACAGACAGAGGGAAAGAAACAGAGGGAGUGGUGAGCGUGUAAACAUGGACGCCGUCCUACAAAGCAGAGGGAAUCUAUCUCUACCUUCGAAUCCCAAAUUCAGAGCUUUUUACCCACUGCCCCAAGGAGGACUAAGAUACAGAUUCAACAAUACAAAUGCUUUGGAAGCAAAAACCCUCAAUGGGCUUUCUUUAUCAGUCAACGGGUUGCCGAAACUUCAAAGUUUUGUCGCGAAGCCUUCACUGGUUGCUCAGAGGGGGGGAUACCCCUUCAUCUGCAAAGCCGAGGCUGCUGCGGCAGCUUCAGCUGAUGGGCAGCCCGUUCCCGGAGAAGCUUUGUCAGAGCCGCCUAAGUUUAUGGGCGUUGAGCUGGCCACUCUGAAGAAAAUUGUCCCCCUCGGAUUGAUGUUCUUUUGUAUUCUGUUUAAUUAUACAAUCCUAAGAGACACCAAGGAUGUAUUGGUGGUGACGGCCAAAGGGUCGAGCGCGGAGAUUAUUCCUUUCUUGAAAACGUGGGUGAAUUUGCCUAUGGCUAUAGGGUUCAUGCUGUUGUACACCAAGUUGGCCAAUGUGUUGUCAAAGCAGGCUCUCUUCUAUACUGUCAUUUUGCCUUUCAUCGCUUUCUUUGGGGCUUUUGGGUUCGUUUUGUAUCCACUCAGCAAUUAUUUCCAUCCCACAGCUCUUGCAGAUAAGCUUUUGAACAUUCUGGGCCCGAGGUUCCUUGGCCCGAUUGCUAUUUUGAGGAUCUGGAGUUUCUGCCUGUUCUAUGUCAUGGCUGAGCUUUGGGGAAGUGUGGUGGUUUCAGUCCUUUUCUGGGGGUUCGCUAAUCAGAUAACCACCGUAGAUGAAGCCAAAAAAUUCUAUCCUUUGUUUGGACUUGGCGCAAAUGUGGCUCUUAUUUUCUCUGGUCGUACAGUGAAGUACUUCUCUAAUUUGAGAAAAAGUUUGGGUCCAGGAGUUGAUGGUUGGGCCCUCUCCCUAAGAGGAAUGAUGAGUAUCGUGGUGCUAAUGGGGCUUGCCAUCUGUUCUAUUUAUUGGUGGGUGAAUCAUAAUGUUUCUCUGCCGUCACGAAGUCUUAAGAAGAAGGACAAGCCUAAGAUGGGAACAAUGGAGAGCUUGAAGUUCUUGGUGUCUUCAAAAUAUAUUAGGGAUCUUGCCACAUUGGUGGUCGCAUAUGGCAUUAGUAUUAACCUUGUCGAGGUUACCUGGAAGUCAAAGCUCAAAGCUCAGUUCCCAAGCCCCAAUGAGUAUUCAUCUUUCAUGGGCGAUUUUUCAACUGCUACUGGAAUUGCAACUUUUACGAUGAUGUUGUUAAGCCAAUGGGUGUUUGACAAAUAUGGUUGGGGAGUGGCUGCAAAGAUAACACCAACAGUUUUGCUCCUUACCGGAUUUGGGUUCUUCUCCUUGAUUCUGUUUGGAGGCCCGCUUGUUCCUACUCUUGCAAAGUUUGGUAUGACUCCUCUUCUAGCAGCUGUAUAUGUGGGUGCCUUGCAGAACAUCUUCAGUAAGAGUGCAAAGUACAGCUUGUUUGAUCCUUGUAAGGAAAUGGCAUACAUUCCUUUAGAUGAGGACACAAAGGUGAAAGGCAAGGCAGCAAUUGACGUGGUUUGCAAUCCAUUAGGGAAAUCAGGUGGAGCUUUGAUACAGCAAUUCAUGAUACUCACGUUUGGUUCGCUUGCGAACUCAACUCCAUACCUGGGAGGUGUUCUCCUUGUCAUCGUUCUUGCAUGGCUUUCAGCAGCCAAGUCUCUGGAUGGGCAGUUCACUGAGUUGCGGCGAGAAGAAGAGCUUGAAAAGGCAUUGGAAAAGGCAGAAGCUUCGAAAAUCCCUGUUGUGUCUCUAGGUGGAAAUGGAAAUGGUUUUCUUUCUAGCACCGGCUCAUCACUGAGCAACCCCGCCAUUGGGAGCGAUUCUACCAGUGCUUCUUCUGAACCGUCCUCCAAGAGCGCGUGAAUGUGCACUUCUUACAUUUGUUUCUCAGGAAUCUUAGGAAUAAUAAUGCAAUGGGUUGGUUGUGCUCAACUUGGAAACUCCAAUGUUUGUCUUUUUAUUUAACAAAUAGGAAAUUUGUUUUAUCAGUAGAAAUAAUGUGUAGUUCGAAAGGGCAGCUUGGGCAGGUAUGCAUGAAUUCAUUUGAGUUCCAAGUUCCAACUUCUUUCAGAGUACUAUAUUUUUUCACCGUUUUUUUGGUUUUACAUUUUUCUUUUUUCGAAAUAUAUAAAUCAUUUUGGAUGCACAGUCG